GUGAUUUACUUUCUCUUAUGUAGUGGAGCAUCAGAACGUUAUUAACAAAAUUUGUGAUAAAUGCUUACAAAUGAUAGUCUUCUGGUAUAUUAUGUUAUUUUGAUUAAAUGUAGUUUUUAAAAUAAAAUAAAAAACAACAUCGAAUUAUAAUGGCCAGCGGCAGGUGCUGCCGAAUAAAGUCCCUGGCUGCUCUAGAUGCCGAUGCCGCGGCCGCUGGAGAUGCCGCUCUAGCGACAGCUGCCGAAGAAGUCCCUGGCCGCUGGAGAUGCCGCUACGAGAUGCCGAUGCCGCGGCCGCUGGAGAUGCCGCUGUAGGGAGAGCUGCCGAAGAAGUCCCUGGCCGCUGGAGAUGCCGCCGGAAGUGCCGCUGCGAGAUGCCGAUGCCGCGGCCGCUGGAGAUGCCGCUCAAGCGACAGCUGCCGAAGAAGUCCCUGGCCGCUGGAGAUGCCGCCGGAAGUGCCGCUGCGAGAUGCCGAUGCCGCAUUUUGCGCCAGCCCUCUCUCGCCAGAUACAUUUUGGGCGCUGCGGCAUAUUAAAUAUAUGAUAAAUAGUUUUUCUGCGUGAGGAAUACAGUGUGUGGCGGGAGUGCGUGACAAAAGACCGAAAUGAGUGACUGUCACGCUCAAUGCGUGACACUUGAGAGCCCUGCAUAUGUUCACAUCCUGCAAACAUUGAAACCCAGGGGAAUCAACACAUGUGGAAGAGUUAUUUCACCUCUGCAGGGGUUGGCCAUUUAUUAUUUUCGACCCCAGGGGAGAGAAAGACUCCCAGCACCGCCCAUCUCACACAGACGGGUGUCCAUAAAAGUGACCGGACAGAAUGACCGAACAAACUCAGGACUGACAUCUGAACUUCAGCGGUUUCUCCGAGAUUUUUCAUCUACGCUCAAGAUGGCUGACUCUAUUAAUGAUAGGCGUGGUGAGAGUGUGGAAGACGUGGCAUCUUCGUCUGGGACCAGUGAUCGAGACGAGGAGGUGUCAGUGAGAGGCAGACAAACACCAAAUGCUUUUCACCAACAAGCAGAAGCAGAAGAAUCGCAGUCCGAGGGACACAAGAUCAGGGAUUGGCUUUGUGAAAUCGUUAACAUAUUGGAUGCUGACGAAAUCUCUUUGAAUCGCCUUUGUUUGAAGCUUCAGAAAGAGAAAUCAAAAGAUGAGAGUGUGGAUGACGUGGCAUCUUCAUCUGGGACCAGCGAUCGAGACAAUCCAGAUGCUUUUCACCAACAAGCAGAAGCAGAAGAAUCACAGUCCGAGGAUCAGAGCAAGAGGGAACUGCUUCAUGAAAUCAUUAAGAGAGUGGAAGCUGACAAAAUCUCUAUGAGUCACACUGUCAAAUCUUGAAGUAAAUCGAGUAAUGUUGCUUCAGUUUUUGAUGGAUAUCAAGAAAUGUAAAGGCCUUCUAAACGGUCAAUUGGAGGAGCAGAACGCCUUUGACGAUUUACAGCCUGCAACAGAAGAAGAAGAAAUGCAGUUCGAGGAUCAUGGGAACGCGGCACAGAACGACAUUAGGGAAGAGUUGCAUCAAAUCGUUAAAAGAUUCCACGCUCAGGUUCACGACAGGAGCUAUAUGACAAAGAUUAAAGAAAUAAGAGCAAUCUGGAUUCAGAUUUUGAUGGAGCUCAAUGAAUUAAAAGGUAGUCCAGGUGCUCCAGUAGCAUGAUAAGGACACUUUUUAUUCACUAAAACAGGAAUAUGCUUUGAAUUAAGAUAUAAUCAAUGUUUGAGUCUGUGCACUGAACUCCACCCUGCAAUAAUUGUAAUAAUUACUUCAAUAAGCUCAUUGUUUCUGCAUAUAAUUAAUACGUGUUAGCGAACUGUGUGAUUUGUACAUGUACAUUUCUGAAAUACAUAACUUGAACACAGAUCAAUCUAAACUGUAAUGUAGAAACAAGCAUUUUCUGUAAAGCCGCUUUGAAACGAUAUGUAAUGUGAAAAGCGCCAUACAAAUAAAUGAGAAUUGAAUUGA